ACCAUUCAUCCUUCUAGCCUCCGACCAAGAAAAGAUUGCUUGCCAAGAGAAGAACAGUCAUUUAGCUUUUCUUUCUAAGCCUUCUUUUAACUCCUCCGGCACCAGUCCAGAAAUGGCUUCUAUGAGCACCUUACAAGCAUCAUCUUCUACUCCUAAUCCUCAUAGUUAUGAUGUGUUCUUGAGUUUCAGAGGUGAAGAUACUCGCAAGAAUUUCACUGAUCAUCUUUAUAACACUUUGGUUGCAUAUGGCAUUUACACCUUCAGAGAUGAUGAAGAACUUGAGAAAGGAGAGGGCAUCAAAUCGGGUCUGUCUAGAGCUAUCCAAGGAUCGAAGAUUUUUACAAUUAUUUUCUCAGAAAACUAUGCUACCUCCAAGUGGUGUUUGAAUGAACUCGUAAAGAUCAUUGAGCAUACAGCGCUGGAGAACAAUAAGGUUAUACCGGUCUUCUACCAUGUGAAGCCUUCAGAUGUAGGGCACCAAUCGGGAAGCUUUAAAGUCGCAUUUUUCAACCAUGAGAAAGAUGCAGAUCGAGAGAAGAAGGAGCUAAUAGAGAAGUGGAGGAUUGCCUUGAAGAAAGCAGCUAAGCUAACUGGAUACCAUGUGGAUAACCAACAUGAGACAGAGGUUAUUCAAAAGAUUCGUGAAGUUAUCAUUACAAGAUUGAAUCGUAAGCCUUUAUAUGUGGGUGACAAUGUAGUUGGUAUGGAACUUCAUUUGAAGCAAUUAAAAUCAUUGAUAAAAACUGAGUUGGAUGAUGUUCACAUGGUUGGUAUAUAUGGAAUUGGUAAAACUACCAUCACGAUGACUUUUUAUAAUGAUGUCUCUUCCCGAUUUGAUGGUAGUAGUUUUCUUAGAGGUGUUGGAGAGAAAUCCAAAGGUAGUUUACUUGAAUUACAAAAGAAACUCCUUAAAGAUAUCUUAAAGUGUCAAAGUCCAAAAUUCAGUGAUACUAGCGAAGGAAUCAAUGUGAUAAAGGAAAGACUUCGCUUGAAAAGAGUCCUUAUUGUUCUCAAUGAUGUGGAUGAAUUAGAGCAAUUGGAAAACUUAGCUGGAAAAAAUGGUUGGUAUGGGGCAAAAAGUACAAUCAUUAUAACAACUAAAGAUACAAGUUUGUUGAGCCAACAUGGAGUAAAUCAAUUUUAUGAGGUAAAGGAGUUGAAUCAUGAAGAAGCCAUUGAGCUUUUUAAUUGGUGGGCCUUUAAACAAAACAUUCCCAAACCUAAAGAAGAUUUUGCAAGCCUUUCACAUCGUGUAGUAGAAUAUGCAAAGGUCUUCCAAUAGCACUUAAAGUUUUAGGUGGCUUUUUUUUUGGUAAGAAAAUAGAUGAAUGGAAAAGCACAUUGCAUAAAUUAGAAAAACUACCCCACAUGAAAGUCCAAAAUGUUCUUAAAGUAAGUUAUGAGAGAUUAGAUGAUAUAGAAAAGGAGAUAUUCUUAGAUAUUGCAUGUUUUUUCAAAGGAGAAGACAAAGAUUUUGUUUCAAGAAUAUUAGGAAGGUAUGCAAAGAUUGGAAUAAAAGUUCUUCAUGAAAGAUGCCUCAUUACUAUUUCUGAAAAUAAGUUAGAUAUGCAUGAUUUAUUGCAACAAAUGGGCUGAGAGAUUGUUCGUCAAGAAUGUCUUAAAGAGCCUGGAAAAAUGAGCAAACUUUGGGAUUCCAAUGAUGUUGAUAGCACGUUAACAAGAAAUAUGGUAAAAGUUAAAU